AUGUUCAUCGUUCACGUGUUUGAGUUUGAACUGAGAGUAAAUGAAAAUGUGAUCGGAAAAACUCCUCAGUUGAUAAGUAAUUUGAAGCGGGUUUUAAUCGCGUUAUCGCGGGGCGGGCGGGGUCGGCUGGGCGGCAGACGCACGCCUACGCGGCCGACCGCGGACGUGUCUACAGCACAGCGGCCGGGCCACGCGCCCGCCGCGCCCGCACGCUCUACGUACGCUACGCGCUACGCCUCUACGGGUGGACGCAACGGCCCCAUACCGGCGCGCCGCGGGAUGUCCCGUGCCCUUUUG